GCUUCAUGACGAAUCGGAACGCAACCUCAGUGCUUAUUGGAUUGAGCAUGAUGAGGAACAUCUUGGAGGAUGAGCCGGCACCAUUGUACUGGGGAUAUCUCCGUCAAAGGAGUCUCCAAUGGAGUCCUGGCAGUGGCUCUGCGCACUUGGCUCUGGCGCGCUUGGCCUGCCUCGCUCGGGCGCAGAGCUACCAGGAUUACCUCCGCAUCCAAGACGCGUGGAACCGCUUGCAAAAGGCACAGCAGUUAGAGUUGACUCGGAACCUUUUGGCUGAUGGCAUCGUGACCAAGGCCAUGAUGUGCGAGUACCUUCCGCAGUGCUUGGAGAACGCCCGGUCCAACCCAUUUGUCACCCUGAGCGCUUUCCUGGAGGUGCUGGUGGACUUGUUGCAAGCAGUGCGCGCAGUGGCAGAGGGGAGCUGUAUGGUGGUGAACGUGGAUUUGAUGGAUUUGUCCUCUUUUGUGCUCAUGGUUCAGAACGCCUACGUUUUUCAGAGCUGCCUACUACGAGCCAAGCUACGGGUGGAUCACACCGCCUCAUGCCGUUUCUUCUUGGAUAUGACGCAGGAGAAUUGGCGACGGAUCAACGAGCCGCCAAACGACACAGUGGUGGCAGCCCAUGGCUUGCGGGGACUCCUGCGAAGGCAGGAGCAGAAUGACGCCUCCGACCAACGUCGAGGUGCAAGGUCAGUGGUGCGAUGCCAUGUUUGAGUUACGGAAGGUGAAGGUUCCUGCCUAAUCUGGAGGGGUCCGACCACGUGAAAACGUUAUUUUUUUGUGCUUUGUC